AUGGGCAAUUGGAAUCGGAGAUAUGUGCCCAGAAAGAAACACCGAUAUGAUUAUGAAGAUCCGCCACCUUCUCCUCCGAGAACCCUCCAAACUCGAUCACGGCAUUCCGGAUUCAAGCAUGCUGGCGUGCCAUCAUGGGAAAUAGAUUACUGCAAUUCAGUACGAGUUCCAUGGUACAAGAUUUUGGCUUCCAAAAAGUAUAUAUGCUGUUAUCCAAGUGUGGACGAGUGGGAUGCUUCUGCUGGGGAAGAGGCAUUGAAUGACGCAAAAGAGCGAUACUGGGCAAAUAUCAAUGGUCUUGUCUGUGAUAAUCCUUUACCUAAUCCAGAUUUAUACAUUGAUGAAAUUGAUUGGAAUUCAUAUAUCGAUCCUGAGCUUGUGUCUGAUUUAGAUCGCCAAUUCUUUAAUCCUGAUAGUGUUGACAAAGUUGACAAGUUGGACACUAUAAAAGAAGAGGUGGAUACAGUCCUCGAGUGUGCCAAAGCGAAGGAUGAUAAGGACCAAUCUCAUUGUGAUAACCCAUGGGAAAGUAAUCUAGUAGAAGGUACAAGAAAUUUAAUUGAUAUAAAGCAGGGAUGGAAUCAGUGGGAUGAUUCUAUAAAUUUGAAGAAUGUAAACCCAUGGGAGGAGAGCCACAGUCAACUUGGGGUUUCCUUAAAGGGCAAUGCAUGGAGAGGUGAGAAUGAGUCGUGGGGUAGGAACCUUGGGCCUAAUGAAACCUGGCCGCCUGCAAAUGUUGAUUAUACAAGUGGCAAUCAUUGGAAUUCUGGUACACAAAUUGCGGAUGCAAGACAAGGUGGGUGGAGACAGAGAGAAAAUAGUUCUUGGCGUUGGAAUACUUGUGAUCGAGAAUUAACGAGCUCGGUUAAUUGCGGAAAUCCCCAGGAAGGCAGCAUCUCGAAAGGUGGUGGAUAUUCCAGAGAGAGGUCUUGGGGGGGAAAUGGGAAUGAAUCCUGGGGUCGGAAGCAGUCGGAAUAUCAAAGUAACAACACAGAUUAUCGGGAUUCUAGAAGAUUGAGGAGAGGUGGAAGAGCCUUCAAUGGUGGUUACCGGAAGAGGGAAAGUUCUCCACAGCAUACAAGGUAUAAAAGUUCUAGGUAUGAAGGUGAUUUCUGCGGGAAUAGUCGUCAAUGGUAA